GAAAGCUGUAGUUUUCUCAGCCUUCUUGGUGAAGUGUGUUUCCAGUAGUCGCCAUGACCAUGAACAGCCAAGGGUCAGCCAGGAAAGGGACACUCCUCCUGUUGAUGACGUCAAACCUGCUGUUCUGCCAAAAUGUGCAGCCCCUGCCAAUCUGUCCUGGUGGCGACUGCCAGACACCUCUCCCGGAGCUGUUUGACCGUGUAGUCAUGCUUUCUCACUACCUCUAUACUCUGUAUACAGAUAUGUUCAUUGCAUUUGAUAAACAGUAUGUCCAAGAUCGUGAGUUUAUUGCCAAGGCCAUCAAUGACUGCCCUACUUCUUCCCUGGCUACUCCUGAAGACAAGGAACAAGCCCUGAAAAUCCCUCCGGAAGUCCUUCUGAACCUGAUCCUCAGUUUGGUGCAAUCCUGGAGUGACCCACUUUAUCAACUAAUAACUGGAAUAGGUGGUAUUCAUGAAGCUCCUGAUGCUAUCAUAUCAAGAGCCAAGGAGAUUGAGGAACAAAACAAGCGGCUUCUUGAGGGGAUUGAGAAGAUAAUUAGCCAGGCCUAUCCUGAAGCCAAAGGAAAUGAGAUCUACUUUGUUUGGUCACAACUUCCAUCCCUGCAGGGAGUUGAUGAAGAAUCCAAAGACUUGGCUUUUUAUAACAACAUUCGGUGCCUGCGCAGGGAUUCCCACAAGGUUGACAAUUAUCUCAAGUUCCUCAGGUGCCAAAUUGUCUAUAAAAACAACUGCUAAGCCCACAUUCAUUCCAUGUACUUCUGAGAUUGUCCUUAAAGUCUAUUUCUUCAAAAGUUCUAUUUGCAUUAGAGAUUUCAGUGCAUGCUUGGGUGAAAUUGGUCUCUUCUUAAAUAAUAAAAAUAAACUUUAUAACUUUAUAAAAUGUCAAAGAUUCAAA